GGUGUACGUUCAUAGUUCCGAGAACGGUUUCAGUUUCACAGUCACAUGCCAAUGCGACUAUGUUGCAUGUUUCCAACGAAGACGAUGCUGGUCCAGUGCCACUACCGCGGCCGGGGACUGCUCCAGUUUGUUGUGAAAGAGAGGUUCAGAAUUUGGUGAAUGACAUGCUCGGGGAUGUUGCGCGAAAUGUUUUGGGAGACCUGGAACUGCCCAGACGGCCACACACUGCCUGUGCAGGCGCUAGGAUUUGCACAGUUGUAUCCGACGACGGUGAUGAUACUGAAAGCGAUAGAGGAUCUUUAGACCCUGACGAUGAGCCUGCCGAACAGCUGCAAGACCGAAGUGUUGGAGAAAAUUCGGAGACUGACACAAAGGAUGGCUCGGCUCUUGGAUAUUGGUGUGGUCCUUUGUCGUUGUCAAGAGGUGAGUGGCUGCUGCUUUCCGGUUUGGAGCAGAGAGUGCAUCAACCAGAGGCGCAUCCUACGAGACAAACAAGCGCUGACCCACAAUCAUGUGAGCAGAGGACUAUUGUGAAAGCUUCGCCAAUGUUGCUGGCGGAGAAACUUCCCAGGACCCGUGUAUUUGGUGCUUGCAGAGGAGGCGGGUUGGCACCUCAAGCAUCCAGGUUCAAAUCUCACACUUCUUGGACGAACUUCUUGCCCAUAGGCGCUCCAGGAGCAAGGCUUUCCACCGAUGUGCGGCAGCGGGCCGUCCCUGAGUCACGUCAGCCCUCUGGAUACCCAGCAGAGGUGGAAACCAUAGACACAGAAUUGCAGGCAGCGCAAGAUUCAAAAGAUGAACCAGAAGUACUCAGACAAGCAGGUCCAAAGUAUCGUGUGCUGCCAGGAGGCAGUCGGCCUGCUGCAUCCAAGGUCAAGGUGAGCAAGGAGCUGGUUCUGGAAUUCCGAUCGGAACCGCGCGUGGUACCUGCUCGACGAAGCCAGGAAGAAGUUCGGCAUGGUGGGCGGAGAGGCUGGAAACGUUCAGAAAUUGCUCCGCUGCAGAGGCUCCGUCAAGAAGACGGUCAAUGGGCUCUCGAACGGGAGGCUUUGGCACGAGCGAGGUAAACUUACCAUGUAACUGCCGUGUGCAAGCUUGGACCAUUUGCAAUCGUCAAAGCAAAAAAUGAGAACUCCUCAACACGCGCGCGGUAAGGGUUCAGACAAGAAUUAGUAGGGCUGAACUGACCCCCCUUGUUUUGUUCUGCUAGCGGCGGCUAUCCGCAGCAGAGUAGCAUUUCCAGC